AUGGCAGCUUCAAAUCGAUGGCCAAGUCCUGGUUUUCAGCGCCAGGCCUGCCUGCUGGAUGUCUCUGAGAUGGAUCGGAUCACCCAGUCCACCUUUCGACUUAAAGUAUGAAGCGUGAGGAAAACAGUGGGCAAAGGUGCAAAUUCUCUCCUCUUGGUGUGGCGUAGAGGUUUCUUAUUUUACUGGUUGCAGCCAGUAUACUUAGUAUACUUCAGAAACACUAAUAAUGACCACACCUGAUAAAAAAAAAUAGUAAGUGUGACAUUCACUAACAGUAUCACUUACCUGUGUGAAAAAGUUGGAUUUUUAGCUCACCUAUUGUUAUCAGGAUCCACAUUUACUUUCUUAGGCUGCAUCUAGUGUGCUACCCAGAGUCCUUCAACAGCCAGGAAUCAUUUGCCCUUUUUCUGGAGAUUAUCAUGAGAAGUCUUAUCUGGUUCCCCACCUGAAAUUUCGCUCUUUAUUUCCACCUUCUCUAACAAAGCUGAAGAUUGAAGAAAUGGGGCCCAGGCGCAGCAGGACCAGAGAGCUCGUCCAAGAUUCUUUAAGGUGGAAGCUGUGAGUGAAGUCAUUUGAGCCUAACAGUGUAAUCCACAUUUUAAUUUUAGGAUGUUUUAGUUUGAUUUCAAGCAUGACAACACUCAGCAGCUGCUUUGCCUAAAUAUUAGUAGUUUAUUAACCGUUGGCUGACAUAUCUGUUAUUCUGUUGUACAAUUGCAGUACAUUUCUGAAUUUUCUCCUCAAUCAUUUAAUCAAUUACACAGUCCUACACAGCUAUGACUUAAAGUUGAUGUUACACAAUAAAAACAUUUUUAACACUGAAUUAGUCAAUCACAAUACAUUCAUCCUGUUGUGUUUUGUAAAGAGUAGUGCAGGGGUGUCAAUUUUGAAAGAAAUAUCCCUCAUGGAAAGAGUUGAUAGUUGCCAUGGCUCCCUCCUUGGUUGUGAUCUUUGGAGAGGUAGAUCUAGACAACAUCCUAAAACCCCCAACCCUCUAAUAUAUGAUCCCCCAAAUAGGACUUCCGCCUAUCUGCUUUCGCUCUAACCACAUUAACAUAUAAUCAACGCUUUAGCUUCCCACCCUUGCUUAAGAUUUUAACACUGCAGGGUUACAUGCAAUGAAAACUGUUCAGAAAACUGAUGCCUCUGUAACAACACCUCGAAGUGUAAUGGGGGGUAAAUUAAAUUUCACUCUGUUCAACCUCACCCUUUAAAGUCCAUGUUUACGUCACAUGAUGUGGUUUCCUCUUAUACCAUCUGCCCUCUCUGAGGGAAGAUAGAUGAGAUAAGUGCUGUGAACUGGUGCAUCCAUUAGCUGCCUCUCUUUAAGAUAAAAGGCCUCCUAUUCGUGACACUCAGGUUCACUACAGUGCAGACACAACUUUCCAGGGCAGACAGGAUAUAUCAUGUUUUCUUCACUCACAUUGUUCACAGUAUGACUACUGUUUUCUACACUCUAGAUUGCAAUUUUGAAAGCGAAGUGAUGGCAGUCUGGAGCUCUCCAACGUCCUGAAAUCUUUUUUUUUUUUUAUAUAUAUAUCUUAAGCUUCCAUGGUGCUGAAUCAAAGAUUUAACUCCAGUUGUAUUUUAUCCUGCUGCCAAAGUGGUGCAUGUUCCUGAGUCGUGGCGAACCUGCAUCAAUGACUAAUCUGUUCUCAGUUCAAAGUCAGACGGAUCGAUUUGUAACAGAUUAAAGCCUAAAUUAACCGCUUGAAAAUAACCUACAGCACACUCUGUCUCACUCAAGCACAGGUAGCAAAGUGGUCAGAAGGGGUUGAGGACGAUGCUAGACAACCAUGUUUGAGAGUACUGUUAGAUCAAUUCCCGUCCUCUUAGUUUUACUCCUAAUACUCAUCACAUUUCAUUAUUAUUGCUCCAUCCCCCUGUCAGAAAGUUCAAAUCCACUGUUAUUGGACGAGUCCAGAUAUGUCUCCACCGACACUUGGCUUGCCGUAUGACCAAACGAGAAAACAAUGAAGACGUCUGAAUGUUUCGGAUCCUCCUCACCUUGGGUCGUUAGCAGAUAUCGACCUCCUCUAAGUCUUAACGAUUGAAUACACAGCGCCAAGCAAUCAAUCGUCAGCAACACACUCGAGUAUUCGAGGGAUGGAAUAAGUGAUAGGCUGUCUCCUGGUGCGUAAUGGAUAAGCGGCGGUGAUUAAAUCCUGUUUAACAUCUUGGUUGGAGGUGGGAAAUGGGGUGGGGGGUUGAGGGGGGUUUUACUUGACGCGCCUGUAGCGAAGUAUGGAAUAUGAUCCUGAUGAGGCGAGGUAGAUAUUAAGGGAUGAGGAGGGGUUACCGAUUCAUGCACAGAUGAGCACCUAAAGGCCAUAGAUCAGACUCCCUCUAAUAGAAAGCUGAACUGAAAGACCUUCAGACUGGGACCAUUAGAAGGUUAACUUCUACCAACACUUGACUGGCCUGAAAACACGUUCCGUAUCAUAUUCAUUAAAAACAAAAGAUGCAUCUGUACUGCAAAAAUACUACAACUGCUGGAUCAAAACAUCGAUUUUUGAUUCAGAAUUUGAAAAUUACUCAACACCUCUGCGCCCUUUUCUUUCUCUGCAUUUUAAAAUACCAUGUUUGGGGAACCUACAAUUUAUGAACACGGAGUUAAGAAGUUAAGAAAUUCACCAGGACAUAAAACGACACAUAAAGACUUGUUGAAAGUAACUUAUUCCAGCGUAAGAAUGACUGUCAUGAUUCCUAUGAUUCCCAUCUCGCCCCCCACCUCCUUCUCCUCCUCAGCGUCUUAGCUACUUGUAAACUGCAUGACAUCAGUGGGGAAAAAGGGGGUGUACUUUGGAGCUGGUGAACUGGGCGGGCGCUGCUGCACGUGUUCUGAAUUGGGAAGACGGGCUCGCAUCGCAUUUCUCAUGUCCAAUCGAUCCCUGCUCGGGAGGAGCGACGGGAGCGCACAACUAUCACUCCUGCAUCACUACACCAUCACUCUCAUCAGCAUCUUUCCGGCGUCUUGAACGCUUCUGCGUGACUGUCGCGCGCAGAGGGGGAAUAAACUUGUGUGGAGUGGUCGCCAAAAAAAAAAAAACAUCAGCCGAGUGUCUCUAUGUGGGGAAUUACGCACUCUUUAUGACUUUCUCCUCUGUGUGGGGGUCUGAGAUGGGACGCGGCGAGAUCGUGGCAGGUUGGGCCACAUCGCUGUUGCGCGAGAUGUGUCUUCUCAACCGGUUCUGGAGGGCUGGUACUUUGGUUUGGCAGUAGCCAUCCUCAACACCGCUUCAGUGUUUUUGAAGGCGGGUUUUGGAAACUGGACAAGAGGCUCUAUAGGACUGGAUGGGGAUCAAAAUCAGUGGAGUUGGAGCAGAAAGUGGCAAAUCUUCCUGUUGUCUCACCUGGAUCCUUUACAGUCUCCUCCUGUGAUCAUGACAUCGAGUUUAUAGGUUUAGGUAAGGCUGUGUGUUUUUCUUUUCGUAUUGAUUAAGUAUAGACCCACAUGCCUCAGAUAAUAACGUUAUUUGAACUCUUUGUGUGUUCCCGUGGCGCAGGGUCAAUAGGCUAAUGAAACGAGGAUGGGGUCAGAGGGGGACUUUGGCUGGAGAGAUGUGGAGGGGAGGUGACUGGCCGCAUGACUCACGAGCUGAAGGCAACUUUGAUGUUCUCAGCUCAGAGCGCCGCAAACAAACAAGAGGGAACUUCCUACGAAACCCUCCGUGGGUUCCCGGUGACUUUUCUCCCUCCCCGCGUUUGAUUCUAUCCAUGCGUAUAAUCGGAACGCAUGACAAGCCGAUUUCGCUGACCAUGUGUAGCGCGUGCUGUCGGGAGAGCGAGGUGAGAUUGAUGCAGCGUUUCGCCGCUGUCAGGUUAAAUAAGCGAUCGGUCGUGGCUCGUCGCUGCUUAGUAGCUAUAGAGUGAUCGGCGAGGCUGAUCCGCUGACCGGGCUCUUUUCACGCGCUCUUUAAAUGCUUCGUAUAUGGUGGAGUGGAUCGGAGAGCGCGCGCACGGGGGCUUAGGACAUAUGGGAGAGAAAUUAGGUGCCGAUAGUUUCUCCGGGCAGAUUGCGCACGGAGACAGGGAGGUGUGAUGCGGAGUAUUAGACACACACACACACACACACACACACACACACACACACACACACACACACACACACACACACACACACACUUCUCUCUCUCUCUCUCUCUCUCCACACGGAGUGAAGAGAAAAUAACUUGCAUGUUAAUGGGCGCAGUAAUGAGACCCAACCCCUAUCGUGUUGUAAUUGUUAGUCAUCCUUGUCUCCACCCCUCCCUCUCCCACCCUUCCUCCCUCCCCUCUUUGCUUUUUUUUUUUUUUUACCUCAACGCUGUCCCGCUGCUCAGGUCUGCAAUUUGUACUGUAUUGAAAGAGUGUAAUUAUUUGCCCAUUGUUUUAGUGCGCGCGGCACCGGCACUCUACUGAAAGUGGUGUCAUUAGUGUGACAGGCAGGGCGGACAGAAGAUAGAGAGAGAGAGAGAGAGAGAGGUGGCGGGGCCGGGGGGGAGAGGCUGUUGGAGAGGAAUCGGUCCAGGGACUUAAUUCUCAUUGACAGUCACAUUAACACAGGAGCAGCACUCUUAAUCCUGGGGAGAUUACUCUCUCCAACCUGACCCCCUGUCACCCAGCCGUCCUCCACACAUACACGCGCACACACACACAUACACACACACCUGUAAGAGGGUGGCACUGACGUCUGCCUGCGCUGCUUUCUCCUGUCUGCAGUAGAUGACUUCUCCUCUGUCUUUGUCACCCUUUCCCAUCUCUUCACACCUCCCCUCCCUCCAUUCUUCCCACUGCUCUUUUCACUGAUCCUCACGCGCAAAAUCACACACUUGGCAAUUACUCCUCUCCCAAGGCUUGCUCUCUUCUAAGACCCUUCCUCCUCUUCCUUCUUACACUCUCCCAGCUUUGGGACAUCCUGGUAUCCUCAAGAGGCCAUUGCGCUCUGCAUGUCUCAACAACCCCUCUAUCUGCUUCCCUCACAGAGGGCUGUUCAGGAUGACUGCCUGGGAAUGAGGGGAAAUGGAUUGUGUGCAUUUGUGAUUGUGCAUGAGGACUCGGCAAAGCAGAGAGGCAGCGGGUGGCAGCGGAGAGAAGGCAGAGCAUGAGGGCAGGCAAGAGAAAUGAGCUGGAGAGACGGAAAAAAUAUUUGUGAGAGAUGAAGCGAGGGAAGGAGAUAGUGCGUGUACGUGUGUGUACAGGAAAGUCUAUACAAAAUGACCUGUGUGAGUGUUUGUGUGUAGAAAUAGAAGAAGGAACUCUGCACAAUGGUGGGGUCGCAAACCAGUGUCUGCUUGUUGAUGUGCAAGGGUGAGAAAAACAGCAAGAUGAUAAUGAUGGUGUGUGUGUGUGUGUGUGUGUGUGUGUGUUUGUGUAAAAAGGAUGAUAUCCUAGAUGAAUAAGCAGGGAUCAGGCGUGUACUGCUGGUAAGGUGACAGAUAAGAGAUCACCUCCACACAAGCACAAAAACUCACACUCAUACCCACAAACACACUGGGAUUAACAGAUUGACUGUGAUGAAUGGAUACUUUUGACUGAGAGGAGGAGAAAAGAGGAGAAUUGUUCUUUCAUGUCAGUGGCAGAGAGAGAAAGAGAGAGAGAGAGAGGGGAAAGGCCUGUCAUUUGCAGACCACAGUGUCCUGGACAGCUUUUCAUCUCGGGCAGUUUCAGGCUGUGUCGACUCAGAGGACAUAAAACUGCAGACAAUAAAGUCUCACACAUCCUUAUGAAGUAGAGUCCAGAAAAAGAAGGGGAGAUCCUCAAUUGUCGUGGAUCAUGGAACGAUGCAAGAUUAAUGAAUGAGAGCGGGUUGUGUAUCUGUUUCUCAUCUCAACCACAAACCACAGCUGGACAGAGGUCAUGAAAAGGGGUAAAGUUGAGAUAUUGCUGACAGGCUAAUGGAAACACGUGGCUUCUUGCUGACGUUAUGUGGCGGCUCAGAAUGGAUCCAUUGACAGCAGGCCUCUAUGAGUAAAAUGUGGGAUUAAUUACAACAAAGACUGCUCAUUGACGAUAUAUUUACCAGCUGCUAUAAUUGUUUUGGUUCUUCUGCUAAGAAUGAUUUUAAUUUUGGUUUAAUUAAGACACACCAAAACGACUGAUUUAGUCAGCAGACAUCCUUAUAAUCUCAGUCACAUCAUUCAUUCUGUUCAUGUUGACAAUCUUAAUUUUACACAGUUAUAAAGAACCAACUGUGCACUAACUCAUUGGUAGACUGAUGUAUUUCUAAGGAUAAGAAGUUAGUUGAUAGUUGAUACUAAUAUAUUUGUCAACCAUUCAUGAAAAAUCUAUAUGUGUUCCUUUUACACAAAGCUUCCUGCAAAGAUCUGUUUAUUUCAUUAUAAAAUGACCCAUCUUGUAAGUAUUUUGGUCACAAGUACUAAAGUAAAAAUAAAUUCAAAUGAUUCAGAAAAAAUAUCCCUUUCAUUUUAUGAUAGGAAUGAUAAAAACCACCAUUAUGGAAGUUUGUUCCAUUCUAAAACAUCAGUAUUAAACCCAAAAUCCAGUAUUAAUGGACUUAAAAUGAAUAUUUCUGAAUCUAUUUUGCUGUUAUGUGAGUAGGACACAGUUGUACAGCAUAUCCAUCUAUGGACUUAUUUUACUUUAAUAAAUCCUAAAAGUUUUGCAUAAAUUUUCCAAAGACAUUUACCAUUAUAACUUUCUCUUAUGCAUCAAUAUUUACACUUCAGUAGUAGUAAGGUUGUCGGUAAUUGAGUAUGUUGAUUAGAAUGAACUUAAAACACUGCGAUCUAAAAGUGUCCCAUAAUCAGCGAUGUAAAGGUUUAUCCUCCUGUUCGGCCUUCCCCACAGUGAUCAUUUUGCAGAGCGUGAUUGGUUUUCAGUAGACCCUCGAUCCUUGUCUUCCAUUUGUCCCCCUGCAUAUCAGUCACGCGGUGACAGCGAGGCCUCGGUCUUCUGUUCGGCACUAUCACACCAUCUCCAGACUCUGUAUUUCCACCUAACAGGUCCUGCUUUGACUGACAGCUCUCCCUGCCAUGCGGCCUCCCUCCAUCCCACCCACAGAACAUGGUGAAAGGCACAGCUGCCACUUUCAAACACACUGCUCUCACGGCUUUAACGCAGCUGACAGGUUGUGGGUUAGUGAUUAUUGUUCUGAAUGUGCCAAGUGCUUUUAAAGCAUCAGUCAUGUACUGUUGAAGGAUUAUUUUUUAAACAUCUGUUUCACAUUUUUAGUAAUUAAUUUACGCCUAAUUUUAGUCAUUUUUAAUUGGAGGAAGAAUUUGGCGGAUGUCGUAAUCCUUUUGCAGGAACUGAGGGUAACACAACUUCACAGUCUUCAAGGUGCUUUCUCCACAGCUGCGACUCACUUUGACCAUGACAAAUCUCCCGAAGUGAUAGUAAUGAUUGUAAUUGAACAGGCACAGUUUCUUCCCACAGUGCUCUAUCUAUCACCUUGGAUGCAAUCUGCUGCUUCCUCUUCUGUAUGUGUGUGUGUGCAAGUGUGUUCAUCUGUGUGUAUCUGUGAGAGGCAGUGCGUCCCUGUUCACUUCCCUCUGGCAGCUGGCAGAUGUGCCGGUUACUUUGAGCGACAGUGUGAGUUUGUGGGAGUGUAAGUGUGUUUGUGGGAUUAUGAAAAGCUCGCAGCGUGUUCUACAGUGAGGGUCCACUGUGGGGCUGGGGUGAGGAUGUAGUGCAGAGGUGGUGGUGGUGGUGUAGUUGGAGCCUGGGGCAGUCGUGGCAGCAGCAGCUCUCGAACAAUCCGUGGCUGGUGAAGUGCAAGGGGGAAAGGGUUGUGCCCACAGAGCAGAAGCAGUUUGGGGGGUGGGGGUCGGGGUGGGGGCAGUUAGAAAAUGAGGCGGAUGGGAUGAGAUGGAAAGUAAAUGAGAGGAAGAGAGAGGAGGCACACUGUGGGUGAUAUCUGACCAAGGAGUUUGAUUAAAUAGAUAUUUAAGGGAGAAGCUUCAACAGAGAGGAUCAUGGGUAGUCAGGACUGAGGGGAAAAUCUGUCAGAGGGGUGAGUGGGUGUGUAUAACAGUGCCCACAGUUUUUGUGUGUAUAUGUGAGGGUGUGUGUGUGUGUGUGUGAGGGCUGGAGGUGAUGGCUUUGUAAUGAAAAAAGCAGAAAGACAGCAGUUGAGGGUCCCUCAUGGUGGCUGACUGAUGUCAGUCACCAGCGGACAAUAGCCUCCCAUGAGGACCCCUAUCCUGAUCAGGGUUAAUCUUCAUCAUCUAUGUGCGUGGGCGUGUUUGCACUCACUACUUUUGUCCAGUAAUCAACAUGUCAAAGACGUAUGUUAUUCAUAAUAACACAGUCAAUUGUGAUGCAGUCCACAAAAACGUCCUCCCCUCUGAUGUGAAUUCAUGCUAUAAUAGAGGUUGGUCACAUUUAUGUCAGGAUGUGGUCUGUAAAAACAGUAUUGCUGCAUUGUAAUCUACAGAGACUGUUAUAUUAUGUAAGACUUAAAUAAAGCUUGUAGAUAAAAAGUGGAUUGUUUAAAAAAAUAUAUGCGAAAUUGCCUUCAACCUGUAGUCUCUUUUGUGACCGCCAGGGGGACAACCGCUAAAAAAGAUGCAUGAUUUUUUUAAAUCAGAAAAGACAGAGCCCAUACUUCCUAGUCAAUUAAUUAUUACACUGAUUUCCCCACUUCUUUUAUAGUCUCAUUUGAUAGAGUUAUGUGGUCUUUCAAAGAUUGAUUUUUCUUAAAGAGUCCGUGAAGCGUUCGCUGUUUGUUCGGAUUUCGGUGUCUCCUGAAGGCCAAUCAGUGUCUUUGCUUUCUUUGUCUAGUACACGGGUAAGUUGUGGUUGCUGACUAAAAAUAUAAUCUCACUUACUCUACAGUCACAUGGAUUACAUUUAAUGAAUAUUUGCGAUGUAAAGAAGCUAAGAAGAGUUUCUCGUCACUGUGCUGCAAAUAGCCUAAUUUGACAGCUAACCAAUUGCAGCAGUUAGAGGUAUUAAAAACUAGAAAAUAGAAAAUGGUCUAGCUUGCCUUUAUGGGUCAUAAAGAGGCAUCGCUGUGCAUUUCAGUGUGUCCCAGUACCAGAUCAAAGCUCUUCACAAGGGCUUUGAAUUAUACUUCCCUUUAGGAUUUAAUGAAAGACAAAACAUGGUACGCUAUGGGUAUACCUUCAAGUCUUUUACUGUACUAUGUCAGUCAGGACAGCAGGGUUCCAGUCCAGUCACUAAGUCUCUGAGUCUGAAUCAAAUCUUAAGUUUUUACAGUUCAAGUUCAAAGGCAGUCUGAGUCAACAAAGACGAAUUUGAAUCUGAUUCAAGUUCCCCUUACUUUAGUCCAAGUCAAGUCCUCUUUAUUGAUAUUAUUCAUGUUACGGAGGCUCAAAGCUUUUAACUGUAUAAACCUUCACUUUGGAUUUAUACAAAACACAUUUAUUCACUGAAAUUAGGUUAAGAACGAUCAUGGUGUAUCCAGAGAUUGAAAUCAUCAAUAAAGCUACAAUGCUGUGUGUCAUAUAUGAAUGCGCACUGCAGCUCUGGUAAUAUGGAGAUGCACUCAUUGAUUCUGCUGCAGUGUCAAAUCUAUGAAAGCAAAAAAAUUUAAUAAAUAAAAGAAAAAAAAAACCCACAACUGGUGGUCUUUCUUUUAAUGUCCCAGCAGGAACAAUUGCUGAACAUGAUGCCAUGCGAACACGCGUGUCAACCCUUGUGUGAAACUGACAAGGGCCUUAUGCAAAAAGAUAAAAAAGUAAGUAAGUCAUAUUUAUUUAUCGCAAACCCAGACUCAGCUUGUGCUUGAGUCUGAGUCCUGAACUUAAGUACGAAAACACUUCAGGAUGCAGCUAUUAAAAACUGGGAACUUACCCAACUCUUUUGGAUCAAAAAUAAAGCAAGACGGUGACAGUCAUAAUGCCAAACUCAUGGCUUUAAAACAGUAGCUCAAAAACCAGUUGGGGACAUGAUGAUUAUAUAACCCUCUUACCUAGAACCUGGUUCCCUGAGAGAAAAUGCCUGUGAUUUGGGUUGAGACUUAAAGCGGUUAAAAUAAAACUCAUGUAACCGCAGUGUCCUUGCAAAUGAUGAAAAAACCAAGGUUUAUGUGCCUGCUGACAAUAUCCACAAGCAAAAUAACACUGGCAUGAAAAUAUUUUUGUGUCAGCGUAUCUGUUUCUGAUAUCCGCUCGUGAUCCCUGUAUGAAAUUGCUUUGUAAGACUGUGUUAGUACAUGUGCCUGUGUGUGUGUGUGUGUCUGUGUGUGUUAGAGAGCAAGGGUUAGACGCCCUGCUUGUCUCAGGGGAGGAGUGUGAUAUGGUGUCAUGCUCCAGAGACCCACAGACAAAUUAAUUCACUUAUUGACACCGCUGACACGUCUCAGUGACUUUGUAAAAUGAACAAUUGAUCAGGCUUCCUUUCUCUCCCCACUCUACGUCUUUGUCUUUCUCUCUCUCUCUCUCACACUUUCACACUAUUUUUCCUGACCUUUCUCUUUCUCUUUUCCUCCCUCUCCUCUACCAUUUCACACUCUGACCCCUCUCGGACUCUCUCAUCUAGACUCCUUCUCUUCCUCUCCUUUUUGCUUUUCUGCUGGUUUCAGGCUCUCCCUUUCCCCUGGCUGGCCCAUUGACAGGCAUGGCACGUCCGCUAAUUAAUAUAAUUACACGCAAGCUGGUCAUUAGCAGCUGAGGGGACUGAUAUAAUCAAGAUGUCUGUUUUUCUGUCUAUGCGUGUUUCUGUGCAUGAAGUGUGUGUCUGUGGGGAAGACUGUGAAGCCUCUCCAUCCGCGUGUCCACUGAGCUGAAGCUUUUGUGUGAACGUGUAACGAGGCUAACAGUCGACUUUUAGGUGUUUGUCCAGUGCCUCUGUCUUUGCCAGACAUCUAUUAACGGCUACAGCUAGACCGAGGGUCAUAAAAAAUCAAAGCAGGCUCCACAUCAAGGUUGUUUGUUUUCCAUUAAUCAUAAUUUGGGCACAAAGCACAAUGAAUGCCUGCUGCUCUCAGGGGAGGCACACUGUCAGGGCAUCGGCCUCCUUUUUCUUUGGACACAAGCACCGUUUCCAUUUCACAGACAUACAGGGAUCAGUGUGUAAGGACCAUAUUAAAUUUCUGGUAGCACUUUACUUGAUGCCUAUCUCUAUAACGCAUUAUAGAUAUAUUUAUAAUGCAUUAUAAUCACGUUAUAGCACUGUAUAACUAUAGUUAUAAACACUCAUAAAUGAUCAUAAUGCUUUAUAGCAAUAAUCAUAACACAGUAUAAAGCAUUUUAUCAUGACUUACAAGGUCAGGUGUUAUCAUGUGUUUUAACUUUUAACAACUCACUGACAAUGCCCACAUAGAUAAUGAAAUGCAACUGUUCUUAACAGUUAUAACGCAUUAUAAUACCUGACCUUGUAAGUCAUGAUAAAAUGCUUUAUAAUGUCUUAUGAUUAUUGCUAUAAAGCAUUAUGAUCAUUUAUGAGUGUUAAUAACUACAGUUAUACUGUGCUGUAACAUGAUUAUAAUGCAGUAUUAAGCCUUACCAAAUUCCUUGGCUAGGUUGUGUUGUAAACCCUGCUGUUGGACGAUUUACUUGGUUUUUUUAAACCUCACUUCCUUUUUCAAGGUGGGAAAGGAAAGAAAUUUAGGGAAAAUUAGGUUGCAUCCUUCAGUGGGAAAAUCAGGAGCAUAAAGCAUAUCAGGAAAGUAGAAAAGGAAGUGCAUUAAAGACAACUUUUCUAGAGAGUUAUUCUUAAAGGUGCAAAAUUGUUGUUGUUGUUGUUGUUGUUGUUGUUGUUGUUGUUGUUGCACUUUCCUAAUAGCAAAGACCGAAGCUUGCCAGGUAAAGCCAGAGUGCAAGAAGAAACACCAUGUGCAUUUGUGCAUUAGGUUUGGGCAUCGAAUUUCGAGCAUCGAUGGGGACCAGGACUAACAUUCCGAUUCUCCCGGAACGGUUCAAAUUUUAAAAUUUCAAGUUUAGAUGCCGGAGUCCGCUGACUGGAAGAAAUAGCCGCCGAACACCAACGAGGACAAAGCGUAUGAGACAGAGCCACACAGAGAGAGAAGAGAGACAGAGAGAGAAAGAGUGAGAAUGAACUCUUAUCUCAGUGCAACAUUAGAAACACAUUUAUAGCAUGCAAAGGAGGGUGAAUGACCAACAUGAUUAAACACAUCAAGAUUCAUGGAGGAGAAAUACCUGAGUGCCCGUCUUUGAUGCACUUUGCAGAUGUUGUGCCAUAGAAUGCACCCCUGCCGUAGAAUGCACCCCUGACGGGAGCGCAGAUGAAAGUACAUGACAAGGUGAAAUAAUCCAAGUUUUCCGUACCGUUAAUGAUUUUAUUAAGGCUAUUCAGAUAAACCGAAAAUGGUUAGCACCCUCAUUUAAACCAUGCAUUUUUUUAAAAUAAUCUGCCUUUUAAAAGAAUCGGAAUCGAGAAUCGAUAGGAACCGCAAUCGAAACAAGGAAUCGGAACCAGAAUCGGGACCGGAAUCGGAAUUCGAAUCGUUCAAAAUCAAAUGAUACCCAACCCUAUUGUGCACCAUAGUGUUAGUUAAAUAUGCUCAAGUGUGUGUAUAUGCAUGCAUGCACAAGAGUGUGUGUGAAAUCACUGAAGCUGGAAGCAGUCUAGUAGACCUUGCAGGGAAGAAUGCAGCUCAGCGGCGGAGACAGAGAUCUUACUGUGUGAGCAGAACAGUACAUAAAGAUUGGGCUCCACUACUAUAAAUCAGUGUUUACUUUUUUUUUUUUUUUCCACCACGAAAGUGAGCUGCAGCCAGAAAGGAUAAAAGAGGAGUAACACUGGGAGAAAGGCAUCAAUAUUGCAGAUACCUAGUUUGUCUGGAACGUAGAGCGGAGAAAACCUGCCAAAUAUGUGUGUGGGUGUGGACAACCAUUUGAAAGUGUCUCCUUUACUUUCCACAUUUCCAUCUAUCUUCCUGUGCUGAGGGACAUUGACUUUUAAUGGCCUUUUAUAGCUCUGUUGGAGUGAGGAGGAUUUACAGUCUGUCUGUCUGUCUGUCUGUCAGCGGCCCUGAGGAGGGUUGUCCUGAUGUCCAACCAUGCUCACUAUCCAGGUGUUAAACAACAACUUGUAAAAGGAAAACAGCAAUGGGGCCUUUCGGUGUGGACUUGUUGUGUUACCACUCUCAUGUUUAUGAGCUUGUUAGUACCUGUGCUUUUUUUAGCCUUCAUAAAAGAAAAUAACCGCCUACACCUGCCUCACCUCCUUCUUUGCUUUCAAGUGAGAGGAAACUAAAAAAGAUUUUUAAUGAAACCUGCUUCGUGUGAAUGUCAGGCGAGUAAAUCUUGAGAAAGCAAGACCAAACACUUUUUAUUCCUCGUAGAGUUAUUUGCCAAGGUGUGUGUUUGAGAGAUCAUUUGUGCAUUUUUAGUUUUAGUGUCAGUGUGAGAAGAUGCUGCUAAUUAUUUGUUUUUAAAUGAGCCACCUUACUUAGCAGCUGGAAUGGUGGUCCAGACUCCCUGUUCGAACACUUUGGAAAGCACGUCAGACAUCUGAUUGUCGCUUUGUCCGUGUAAAGUGAAGGAGGGGAGACCGAGAAUGACGGAAAAAGACAGAUGAAGUGAGAGAGAAAAUGAGACAUUAGAGGCAGAAGAAAAUGGAGCAAAGAGCAACCUUGGAAAACAAAGAGGACUAGAGAGAGUACUUUUCCUCAUCAGAGCAUUUCCACAUCCUUACACAUGCACAUCCAGCCUCACAACCACACACAAACAAACACACAUACUUUCCAUGGUCACCGGAUCCUGAGACGACGCCUUGUGCAACAAGGUGGGAUUUGGACUUAAGUGCAGUCAGAUCAAUUGAGCUGUAAUGGUACCUUAGUGCUGAGGCCAUUCUCUGAACCCCUCAGUCAAUACCAGAGGCAGGUAGUGCUACUGAAUUCAGGCUUUCACUCACAACUCGCCCUCCUCUCUGUUUCCACACCUAAACAUUCCACCAAGCAGAGAAUCCUUCACCUAAUUGCUUGUUGGUUCACCUCAGAAGAGGAUGAAGUGAAGGAGGAAACUUUUGCAAUGCUUCAUUUUUAUUUGAGCAACAUUAUUUUAUGAGUUUAAAAAUGGUUUAAUUCAUUAAAAGCUUGAAUUCUGGGAAUUUUAAAUUUGUUUUUAGAGGACAAAAAUCAGAGGGAGUGAAGUACACAGAAUCACAAUCAGUUUCUGAAUACAUUUUGCUGUGUUAAUCUGAAUUUGUGUGAGAGAGAGAGGUGUACUUUUUCUAAGUGUGCACACAUAAAGUCUUUCUGCCCGGUGACCCAGAGGAAAUGGUAAGGAGCUGCAUGCUUUAAUGGUUUAAAGUCUGCGGCAGACAAAUAUAUAGAAGCAGAACAUUACACACCCUAACUGAAUGUUAAUACGCGUCGUAUCGGCUGAAAUCUGAAACGCUCCAUAUGAGAUUCCAUUGGGCUUUUUGCUUUCACCCGUUUCAUUUUCAAUAUCUGUCCAGCUUGAGGAGAGGCACUUUGUUUUACACUGAUAGCCUGCGCUUUCUGUCUGCCCGGUCUAUGUCUGGGCUCAGAGUAUCAGCUCACUCAGACUCUGGGUGUGAAGCUUGUCCAGUCUUCUGCAGUCUCCUCUUUGUCUUAGUGCUUUUAAAACAGGCGAAAUGGAGCUAACCCCAAGCAAGGACUUGUACCUGAGAUCUGAAUUAAAGGUGCAGUUUUUUAACACUCUGUUUUUGAUGUAAAGAGUUUAACAGUCCAGAUACGACUUUAGAGUCACAGACGACUGUUUUAAAAAGUUUUUGGGUCAUUAAAACUUUGUUUAAACACAAACAGUGUUUGCUUCCUAACUAUAGAUGAUUCACUGCACACAAGCUUCCUAAAGUGAACACACGUGAGAGCGUUACAAAACAGAAAUGUAGAAAGAAUUUCCAUCUUCAGUACAUGGAAAAUCAAUCCUGUUGACAGACUGUUGUAUUUAAUAUUUGAAUUUAUUUAGAUUCAGUCACUUAAAAGCAUUAAACCAAGAACAUGACCACACCAUCUGUGUGUGUCAGUUUGUGACGGUGUAACCCAACAGAUAUUAAAGUCCAUUGGACCAGCUGGAUGGACUCAGUACAACAUAAAAACUACAGCUCACUGUAAACCACAAAAUGAGUUGUUUUUGCCAAUUCAUGUUGUCAGUGAACAUUAUGGCAACUUUAUACUGCAUAUUUCUAUUUUGAUAGAAAGGUCAAAGGUCAUAGUUUUCACCAGCACAAUAUUGCUACCUGGAGACAUAGAGAAGUAAAUUAUUAAAUUGCUACAUCAGUCAUUUGCAUGUCUGCACUUUCACUAGUGUUAAAAAGAAAGAAACAAACAGCAACACAGUUAUUUGCGUUGCUUGUGAAAAACAGUUGAUGUGAGAAACUUCCUGUGCAUCUCAAGAGCCAUCACCCUGAUUAGCACCAAGAGUUUCAGAAAAGCAGGAAGGGAAAGGCACCAGCGAAGACGAGUCAGUUGCUUCUAUUUCAAAAAUUUGACAAAACCCAGAUAUAUGGCAGUAAGCACCGAAAGAUACUUCAGUGCUCUUAAUAACCGGUCUUUCAGUGUGGCUAAUGAUGUACUAUGAGCCUCACUACACUGUGCCGAGCCAGUGUUACUUCUUAGAUGCAGCCUCACCUGUCCGGAAAGCUUUGUCCUCAGGCACAUUGAUGUUUGUUUCCAACACAAACAGACUGUCAAAGUAAGAGUAUUUUUUUUUAGAACAGAGGGGACUUGGUAUUCUUUAGCAUUAAAAAAAGCUCUAUCUAUUCCAAUAUCAGUAUUGGCCAAUAUGAGUUUUAAAAUUAUACCAUAUCAGAUGCUAGGAAAGCUCCUAGUCUUAUUUCAAAGAGGUCAUAGGUCACCAAAAGCAUCAUCCUGAAGAUCAUGAAUAAUUUGAAACAUAAUUAGCUGACAGUAGCAGCUUCUUCAUCAGACUGCUGCAUGGAUCACCUUUCCAGCUCAAACCAUCGUCACAGUGAGCAUGUGAGGCUGCAUCAGUUAUACUUUAAUAAAAGGUGAUCUCAAUCUGAAGGACUGUGAAAUUAACAAAUAUCAUUUGUGUUAUGUCAUCAAGCCUGAUAAGCUUAUCCUUGCAUGCAAAACACAAUCAUGGACCAGAUAGAUUUUAGAAAGAUAAAGCAGGAGUAUUCACAAAAACCCUUUCACACUGUCACUUAGCUAUCAAGUGAACGAGGAAGUUUUGUUCUUCACUGGAGCACUGGAAAGUUCCUGUUAUAUCCUGGCAAAUGACCUAACCCCCAUGAGUAUUAGUAACAUCCACAUCAUGCUGAAAGUGUCUCAUAGCUUCAUGUUUGAUGUGUCGCAUACAUGACGCCUGAUGUGUCACAAAAGCUCACUGAGGUUUUGUAUCACUGUGUGCUGGCAGAUGAUGCUGUUUACAUGCUGCUCACACAAGUUAAUAUUUGUGAUCAAGGUGGGAUUGUAUUACUGCAUGUCAAUGAGACCCUGUGUCACCUCUGUGGGAUAACUGUGAGAAAUGACUAAAAUCAUCCUUUUGGUCUGCAGAGACUUGAAGAGCGAGAGAAGAGGUGCAGAGGGUGAUAUGGGGGGAGGGAUCAUUUUAAAAAGAGUGAGACUUGAUGUUCGCAGAUAAUCUUGAGCAUAUCUCUGCUCUGCUUGGUACUGUGUGUGUGUGUGUGUGUGUGUGUGUGUGUGUGUGUGUGUGUGUGUGUGUGUGUGUGUGUGUGUGUUUUACUGCUGCUGCCAUGUCCAACCAUUCCUCAGAGCUUUGAUGACCAGCUGAGCCCUUCACACACCUCUGCUUCCUUCAUUGUGGCCUCAGGGACACUGGAAACCUUAGGUAACACGAAUGUUUAAAAACAAAAAAAAAGAGUGUCUGAUUUAGUGCUUCCUUUCUGAUCAAACUGAUUGAUUUGUAUUUAUCUUAAGCCCACUUAUUGCACCAGUAUAAGGCCAGAAUCUGCAUGUAAUGUGAAACCAGUGACAGUGACAACAUGGCUGUGACUGCGAGGACAUUUUGUCCCUGAAGUCCUCAUGAGACAGGGCUGCAUCCGUGGACCACACAUACACACAUGCACGAGCAUGCACAUUUUGGUGCUCUUUUAAUGAGAGUAUCAGAGAACAAAGCUGAUAAAAAUGCAUGCCACAGCCCGGCCUUUAAAAGAGAAUAAGAAAUGGGCUACUGUGCUGCCAUGCAGCAUGCCUAAUCACACUGCACACACAGCACACACAGCUCACAGACUUUCACAUACUCCACUGGAGGGAAAUACGUAACACACACUACACACUGCACACAGCCAUAUACACAACACUUAAAAAAUGUAACACUCAAAUGCAAAUUAAAAUUGCUUAAAUGUAUGAUUGCAGUCCAUGUUAAUGCAAGCCAAUGCUUCGUCAAAUGCACAGGUUGUCUAGAAUUUCCCUGAAAACAAACUUUAACUCUGGUUCUAUAUGUUUGCUUUACAGUGUGCCAACAAACAGAGUCAUUUGGAGUACACUGAAACUGUUGUAUUUAGAUUCCCUCUGAGCACCUGGAUUCUUUCUUUAUUUUCUUCAAAUAGUCCCAGAAUUUCUCAUCUUAUCUGCACCAAAAUCUAGUUCUUGUCUUGAUUUUAUGUAUUUCUGAUCUUGCCUGUUUCACUCUGACCAGCAUCGUUCUUAAUAUUUAUCUCUGUGAUUUCUUAUUUUAUGUAUAAAAUGAAACAAGAAUAGAUAAGACCCAAAAAGGUGGAAUAAGAUUAACUUUGUACAUCCGACAUAAAUUCUGAUGUUAGAUUACUCUUAAGUUACGGGACAGUAGAAUGAGAGUAUGACUAGAGAGCAUUAUGUAUGUAAAAGAGGUUGAAGGUAAAACGCAAGGACACAGCCAAUGAAUAGAAGUAUUUAUACAAUAAAAACAUCUUGACAAAGCAGUAAAAUAGUAUUAAAGGGCAGUAACCUUGACAGGAAUAUUAGUUUUGGUAUUCAAACAUAUGUAUUUCAACAGAAAUGAAUGUAAAAAUGACAUCAAACAUAAUUGUGUGAAUCUUUGGUCAGAAAAGUCAUCUCCUCCUCUGCUGUUUUAUCUCAAGUAGGUAAAACAGUUUCCUCCUACUGUAUCUCUGCCUGUCUUAUGUCUCAUUUUCUUGUUUGGAGCCACUGCUGUUGUUUUGUUGUCCACUAGGGGGCAGUGGCAUUACACUGAUGGACGAGCUGAGGUAUGAGGCCUGGUUGGAGUUGACACACACUCCCAGGAAGUUCCUGAGCGCAGCAGCGAGGCUGAGCUGCAUAUCAAUGAGUGAUGAUGAAUAAUGAAGGUUCGAGGAGGGGAAAGCAUUUUGGUAUUAAUGUGAAUCUGUUGUCUUUCAUUAAGAUUGCAGAGUAAGUCCCUUUGUCAAGAGAGGAGUGUUGACACACUCUUUUCUGGGUUGAUAAUUGACUCUGCGCUUGUGUGUAAGUGUGUGAAGAAGAAGUGUGCUUGCAACACAAGUUGUCACUCAGCAGCAAUAAGGGAACUCUUCUCCUGUUGUCUGACACUGUUUGAAUUUACCGUGCAAACACAGAGCAAGUGUGUGUGAGUUUAAAGAGUGUGAGCUUGUGUUUUUGGCUUGUUUAUACUUAAGAUUUUCUGUCGGUGAAUGUUGAAAGUUGGUGGCUAUUUUGCAAGUCUGGUCAUACCCAACUUUUUAAAUAUUACUUUAAGUCUUAACAUUUUGUACCUGGUUUUAGUGUGUCUGUUUAUGUGUGUGCACCAAUUAUGUAUGAGGAAGAAUAUGGUGUGUUGGCGUGUGCGAGUGUAAACAGGAGAGACAGAGAGAGAUGGGGGAGGUGCGUGUGAUGUCUAGAGUGGGGAUCACAUUCAGCCUGGGGGUAGGUGAACCUAUUGUAAACAAUGGAUCUGACAGAAUGUAGGCCUUCACAUCUCCACUUCUCUCUCUCUCUCUGUGUGUGUGUGUGUGUGUGUACCUUCAUUCAAGGCCACUGGAGGCCACUGAGGAGGAACCCCAGUGCAGACUGGCCUCUCUGACUGAGUGUCUUUGUACCUCCACUCUCCAGGGGCUUCUUCUGUUUGA